CCGUUAUCAAUCAUUCCACUAUUGGUUUACAGCUAUAACGUUAUAAUACCACCGAUUAUUAUGUCAAUAGUAUCGUUCUUGGCUACCGUUAUACUCAUCCCUUUGUCUUCUCCUCACCUCGUCAGAGCUGGCCUCAGAGGUAGGGAUCUUCUCAAACCAUAUAAACAGCUCGUCCCGGAGUCCUUAGGUAUCGUUCCAGCCUGCGUACUCAUCGUUCUCUUGUUUCUCUUCGCCCCCAUUUCUUUCGCUCAACAUUUAAGGACAUAUGGCAGUACUCUCCAGCCGCAAUUUCCUCAUAAUAAGCUUGCUACAUAUCUCUCAGCAUUGUUAUCUCUUCAAACAGCCACAUUAUUGGGAUUCUUAGAUGAUCUUUUUGAUAUUAGAUGGAGGUACAAAUUGCCAAUUCCUCUCAUAGCUAGUAUACCAAUGUUGGUUGUCUAUUUUGCGGAAGGUGGUAUCACAGAUGUAGUCAUGCCUAUUCCAGCUCGACAGUACUUCGGUAAAGUCGUUCAUCUUGGUCCACUUUAUUACCUUUAUAUGGCCAUGUUGUCUACAUUCUGCACGAACAGCAUCAAUAUUCUCGCUGGUAUAAAUGGAAUUGAAGUUGGUCAAGCAGUCGUGAUAGCAAUGAGUGUCGUCAUAAAUGACCUCCUACAUCUACCUUUACCAAUUUCUCCAAAUCUAUUGAUGUAUCUCCCACAAUGGGUGAAUGAUUGGUCCGUGACCGCUCUCGUUGGUCCUACAACAGUCGAGCAAGCUGAACGCCAUUUGUUUUCACUCUACUUUAUGUUACCUUUGAUAGGUGCAUCUCUAGCUUUGCUCUUUCACAAUUGGUAUCCAGCGAGGGUUUUCCCAGGUGACACAUUCUGCUAUUUCGCUGGAAUGGCCUUUGCGAUUGUCGGUGUACUCGCACACUUCUCCAAAACACUUCUACUAUUUUUCAUACCCCAAAUCUUCAACUUCGUCUUCUCGACUCCUCAAUUGUUCGGUUUGGUACCUUGUCCCAGACACAGGGUGCCUAGGUAUAUCCACGAGAAUGGUAAAUUACAGCCUAGCUAUGCCAUUUUUGAAGAGGUACCCCCAAGUUAUGUUAGUAUCCCGCUUAAACUUCUCACAUUCGUAAAUCUAGUCAAGAUUGAGAAGGAUAGAGAGGGAAAUAUAAAAAUGGCUACAAAUUUAACGCUCCUGAAUGGAUUGCUCUGUUUUUUUGGUAGUAUGUCCGAACGUGAUCUAGCCCUCUGUGCCCUGGCGGUACAAACUGGAUGCUCAGUAAUAGCGUUCGGUGUACGCUACGGACUUGCAAAAUUCGUAUAUGACACCGCAUAG